AUGAGUGCGCUCACGAACAACCUGAAGCGCAAACCGGGAGAACGGAUGGAAACGUUGAAAAAGGGCAGCCCGGUAUACAAAAGCUCGCCGGUAUUGGACGACGAAGGCGUUCUGCGAAUGGAUGGUCGGCUUGCUGAGAGUUCCUUCGAUAAGAAUCACCCGAUCAUUUUGUCAAGGUUCCACGACGUCACACACAAACUAAUCCAGCACUACCACAACCAGUUCGGACACGCCAAUUCGGAGACCGUCUUUAACGAGAUGAGGCAGCGGUUCCAGAUUCCGAAAAUGCGUCCGGCGAUACAACAGGUAGUAAACAAAUGCUUCUGGUGUAGAGUGAAGAAGUGUCGGCCAUGCUCACCGAGGAUGGCUCCACUUCCCGUCGAACGAAUCACGGCUCGUCAACGGCCAUUCAGCUCCGUCGGUGUCGACUAUUUGGGUCCGGUGAAAGUUGCAGUUGGACGGCGUAAUGGAAAACGUUGGGUGGCAGUUUUCACUUGUAUGGCUGUGCGUGCGGUGCACCUGGAAGUUGUGCACAGUCUCUCGACCGAGUCGUGUCGAAUGGCCAUCACUCGUUUCCAAAGCAAGUUUGGCAGGCCAAGUCAACGAAGAGUGCGCCGAAGCCGUAAGCAGUUCGACUACCGCCUGGCAUUUCAUUCCGCGGGAACUCCACACAUGGGAGGUGUCUGGGAACGAAUGGUGCGGUCGGUGAAAGAAACAAUGCGGGCACUCGACGAUGGAAGGAAGCUGACGGACGAGAUCCUGGUGACGACACUGGCAGAGGCCAAUAUAAUCAACACGCACCCGCUGACCUACUUGCCGCAGGACUCCGAUGAGACGGAGACACUGACGCCAAACCAUUUAAUUCGGGGAACGGUAUCUGGUGCAGAUGUGAAGAUGGACGGGAGGCCAACAGAUCCCGCAAAAACUCUGCGGAACAUGCUCAAGCGCUCACAGUUUCUCGCAGACCGAAUGUGGGAACGAUGGUGUAAAGAGUACCUCCCGACGAUCAACCAACGGUCGAAAUGGUUCGACGAGCAAAAGCCGCUCCAGGAUGGCGACUUGGUCUUCGUGGUCGAUGGGAAGAACCGGAAGUCUUGGAGGAGAGGCGUCAUCGAAGCGGUGAUUAAAGGUACGGACGGACGAGUACGAUAA